AUGUCUCUUUUUGCCGUCGAACCCAGCCCGCCCACCAAGCUCGGCCACUACCGCCAGCUCGCCCCCCGCGCCGCCAUACAUGCCUCCCCGCUUGCCCUCGGGGCUAUGAGCAUUGGCGACAAAUGGGCACAGUUCGGCAUGGGCGCCAUGGACAAGGAUACGUCCUUCAAGCUCCUCGAUGCCUACUUCGAGGCAGGUGGAAACCUCAUCGACACCGCGAGUAACUACCAGGACGGUUCGUCAGAGGAGUUCGUCGGUGAAUGGGCCGAGUCGCGCGGCAUCCGCGACCAGCUCAUCGUCUGCACCAAGUAUACGAACAACUUCCGGCGGGGCGACGCUUCGCUCAAACAGAAGGUGAACUAUGUCGGGAACAACCUCAAAUCACUCAGGCUCAGCGUCGAGAGCAGCCUGAAGCGCCUGCGCACGGACUACAUCGAUGUCCUCUACCUGCACUACUGGGACCUGCACACCACCGUGGAGGAGUUUAUGGACGGCCUGCACAACCUCGUGACCGAGGGAAAGGUCCUGUAUCUGGGCGUAUCAGACACCCCGGCGUGGCUCGUGACAAAGGCGAAUGAAUAUACUCGGGCACAUGGCAAAACGCCGUUUGUGAUCUACCAGGCGCCGUACUCGAUCUUGCAGCGCGACAUCGAGCGGGAUGUGCUCCCGAUGUGUCGUCAUGAAGGCAUCGCCCUCGCGCUGUUCAACGUCCUCGCAGGAGGCCAUAUUAGGUCCGAUGAGGAGGAGGAGAAGCGCAGGAAGACGGGCGAGCUUGGGAGACAGCUGAUGGGGCCAUGGGAGCGCUCGGCCGAGGAGAAGAAGGUGUGCGACGCCCUCGAGGAGGUGAGGAAGCAAGUCGGUGCAAAGCACCUCACUGCAGUGGCCAUCGCGUACACGCUUCACAAGGCACCGUUUGUGUGCCCGAUUCUCGGAGGGCGCAAGGUCGAACACCUGGAGGCGAACAUCGAGGCUCUGGACAUCUCGUUGUCGGCCGAGCAGAUGGCACAUCUGGACGGGGUUGUGCCGUUUGACAAGGGCUUCCCGAACACGCUCAUUGGUGAAUAUGGUGGAUAUCCGUGGCUGUUGACAUCUCAGGCGACAUUUGACAUUCAGCCGCUGCUCCCUCCUGUGAGUGCGUCCAAGUGA